AUGUAUAUUGUCGAAGAUUUAUUGGGACUGGCCAUCACCUAUCAAUCCACGCCCCUGACGCGCGCGGUCCUGUCUCUGCUGUCGAGCUCGCUGGCUUUUGCGCUAUCUCACGUUGUCUUUUGGACGCCAAUUGCUUUCACCAACAUUCAACUAUUUGGCACGGCGCUCGCGUUGUAUGGUGCCGUUUCGUAUUUGCUCGAUGGACCGCAACCUUCUGCAACACCAGAGCAAGCCAACGACAACAAACAGCCCAGACGGGCAAUAUCGUGGUACAACUGGACCCUUGUUUGCAUCACUUUUGUGCCGCUGUUCGCAUCGAUGAUUUCGCGCGGUCUAGCUCCGAUACCCCAUUCCAAGGGAUCAUAUCUCUGGAAGCCGAAGGAGCCUUGGUACCAGCAAGAGGAGCCGCUGAUUCUGCCCCACCAACACGAUCCGGCCUACAAUACGACCGAGCGCAAGUGGAACAGCACAACCUGUGUCCGGAGGCCGUUGCCAAUUACCUCUACAUACAUCGGCCCGGGCGAGCGACCAGAUUUCCACGCAUUCGAUGAUAUUUUGAUCGUUGUUUUCUUCAGCCACGACCGCUACGAUAUCAAUCUCGAGGGUUAUAGGGAGGUUUACUCCCAGUAUUUCCCCAACAUACUCUUCAUUGGUCCCGCGAGUCGCGAAGACAGAGGAUUUCUGCACUCGUAUGAUGUCGUUCUCGACUCGUACAUGGCGCACGAGGACUUUGAUGCCGGGUGGUUCAAGAUGGGAGGCCGAAUGGCUCACCACAUGUUCUACACCGCCGUCAAAGACUAUCCUUGCUAUGCGGGCUACCUCUGGGCCCCAUUCGAUGCGCUCCUCAACGUCCCGCGGCUGAUGCAGUUCCCGCAGGACCACAUAUGGUACCACAGCCCGUUCGCAACUCGAUUCAUCCCAAACCCGGCGCAAACCCCGAGUAACAGAACAUUGGAGGGCACUGUCGACCAGAUCCCAGUGAAACGCCCGCCGGCAGCGCUAAUUUCUGAUGACUUCAAGACGAAAUAUGGACGGUACGAGAAGACGUCCCGCGCAUGGGGCGUUGGCUGGGAUUAUUGGUGGUGGGGCGAAAAGCACAUGGGGGUCGGCGCCUGUUACAACUAUUACCUUUGGCAGCCGCAGCAUAUGCGCGACCGGCUUGAGGGCUUGACUGGAGGCGAAUAUCGACUCAUUGGCGGGUCUUCCGACACGAUGUACCUCCCCUGGCCACCUCCGCGCCGACUUCCUGGAUGUAUUGGGGACUUUCUUGCGGACGGAGCACUGCCCACGACGCUGCACAUGAUCCUCCCCGUCGACGAGGAGAUUGUGUGGGUCGACCAUUGGUGGAAAAAUCCCCCACCGUGGAACACGACAUAUGUCCGUGACUUGUGGGCACAGGGCUACGAGGUCGAUUCAUUCCACUCUUUCCAUUGGGGCGACAUCCAGGCCGAUGGCUUCUUUGGGCCGAAUAAGAACACAGUGGAGGACAUGAAGACAUUGUUGGCGGACUCGUUUGCGCGGCAGAGGACGUUGUUGCUAGAGGAACGCGCAGGAGAUGGAGUCGACGGCAAUGGUUGA